AGGCUCAUUCCAAAGUAGGGUGUCAUCCAGGACGUUGUCUGGUUUGUCCACCCUCGGUGAGUGGACUGGGUUUAGCGCAUUUGUUUCCGUAAGGCGCUCGAUUCGGAAGGCUGUGCGGCUCAAGACUUUCUUCGAGGCACAACCCGGGGCCAGCCUUAAUUAACACUGACGCUGCUGUUGCAGCCCUUGCAGUUAUAUGAGCAUCUCCACUCAACGUUUCCAACAUUGAGCAAAGAUCAAGGCAUCCUCCAAACGUCACUUUAAUUUGAUUCAGGUCUAUCAAUCGAUCAUCGAAAAUAUGGCUUUGAAGAAGCUAUUGUCUAUUGAUGGAGGCGGAGUUCGUGGUUUGGCUGCAAUUGUCGUACUUGAGAUGAUUAUGGGUGCCGCGAACGAGGGACGACGCAAGAAUAAUCUACCCCCACAAGAACCAUGGGAAAUGUUUGAUAUGAUUGGGGGGACGAGUACAGGCGGUCUGAUUGCAAUUAUGCUUGGGCGACUUCACAUGUCGCUUCAGGAGUGCAAGGAGGCGUACAUGACGCUGUCCAUGAAAGCCUUUUCGGAAAGGCACAUUUUAGCUCGAGCCGCUGGAUUCGCCGGACUAGGACCCAAGUUCGAAACAAAACCCCUUGAGGAGGCAAUCAUGGAGGUCCUUAACAAGGCUCGAGAGCACCUUGGAGUUAGUCCAGCCGACGCAUUGCUGAAAGAGGAUGAUGCUGCUUGCAAAGUUUUUGUUGUCUCUCACCUCCAAAAUAUCAGCGAUCAAACUGCCAUCUUACGUUCGUACGAUAAUUUUGAGAAACCGCCACAGUCAAUAAAUACCAUGAAAAUCUGGCAGGCCUGCCGGGCUACAUCCGCGGCGACAACAUUCUACGAACCUCUCAUUAUCGACGGAACAAGAUAUUCUGAUGGCGGCCUUCUAUACAACAACCCUGUAUCACAUGUGCAUGCAGAAGGCAGUGAGAUGUUUAGGGACGAUGAAACUCUCCUCAUUAGUCUUGGCACAGGGAUUGCCUCUGACAAAGAGUACAAUCCCCAUCUCUUUACAAUCACAAAUCAGCUAGUUGGCCUUGCCACUCGAACGCAAGGGGAGGCCGAUACAUUUAUCAGAAGAGAAGGGGGAAAGGCCGCACGAGCGAAGCGCUACUUCCGAUUUGAUAUCCCUGGCAUUGGCGAUAUUGGUUUGGAGGAAGCAGACAAACUUCUUCAAAUCAAGCUGGCGAGCGAGAAGUUUUUGAACAACCCAGAAGUUGGAAUGAAAGUAACAAGUUGUUCGGAACAACUUGCUCGAGGACUGGACCUUGGUACCCCUUCUAAUAGCGAAAUCUGUCAAAGCCUUGGGCCCUACGCGGCCAACCCGCGUCAAGAUACAAUCCCUCUGGCCCAUCCCAACUCUUUUCAGUGGAUCUGGGACGAUGCCAAGCACAACUUUGUUCCCUGGCUCAAAUCUGGCUCUGGCAUAUUCUGGAUUUUUGGGAAGCCAGCCUCAGGCAAAUCAACACUCAUGAAAUUCCUCCUCAGGCAUAAUAGCACUAACGAACAUCUAAAUUCCCAAGGAGGACAAUAUUCAAUGUGCCAGUACUUCUUUCACGAAUUGAGCGAGCUUGAUACGCGACAAGAGAGCUCAAUCGCUGGACUUCUACAUGGGAUUCUUUUUCAGUUAUUGCAGUUAUUCCCUGAACUCAUUCGAACAAUACGGCCAAUGUAUAGAAAGAAAGUCCAUCCACACAAAGCCCCUGGAAGCCUUACAUCGAUUUGGACUAUUGAAAACUUGAAGGAAGCACUCAUGAGUUUGGCGACGCAGAGUUCUGUCUCUCAAAAAGUGUGUUUAUUUAUUGAUGGGUUUGAUGAAUGUCAAGGAGAACGUGGCAAUUACCUUGAUUUCUUGAAAUCUUGGCUUCAGAAAAUGAUAGGAAACGGCCUUUCGGUCAAGAUAUGUCUGUCCAGUAGGGACAUACCGGCGAUGAGGGAGCGUCUCGACACCCACCAGAGCUUGGAACUUCACCUCUUCACCAGAAAGGACAUCACCAACUUUGUCAGCCAAGAAUUAUUGAAGACAAAGAGCAAAUCGAUAUCACUCGACAGCCAUGGCCAUGAACUCAUCACUAGGAAUCUUAUUAAAAGCGUUGUUGACAAGGCACAAGGCGUCUUUGUGUGGGUCAAGCUGGUGGUCGCGGAUCUUGUAUCUGGCCUGGAGGCUGCAGAAGAUGAGGAAGAUCUCGAAGUUCGUUUACAAAGCCUCCCACCGGAACUGGAAGAUCUUUACGCCCACAUCAUUAGUCGAAUUCCCUGCAGAGACCUUCACACGGCCUUCAAAUACUUUCAGCUCCUCCUUCGAGCACCUGGAAAAACGUGCACACUGACGCUUCUUCAGUUUUUAAUGGCAGCCCAGAACCCAAAGAAGUGUCUUCAAAAUCUUGAUGAGCCUGGUUUAAUCGAAACUUCUCCAGAAGAGAUUUUGGAAAAGCUCGCCUCUUUGAAAGAUCAUCUUCGAGAUCGUUGCGGGAACUUGAUCCAAGUCCAAACCAGAAGAAAUGCUCCACGCCGAUGGGAACCGACCAGGCGAGAGAACGUGACAUUCAUACACCUUUCAUUCAAAGAGUACAUCAGUAGAGACUCGGUGCAGCAAGGAAUCAAAGAUAGAAUUCAACCUUGGGGGAUGCCACUUGUUCCUACAGCAGACUUAUUGCUUAUGGCAUCCUGUCUACUACUCUUGAAGACCCAGAAAUCACGAAAAAGGUGUCCCUCGAAGCCCCAAGAGCGAAAUUUUAGGACGACUCCAGACUCCUACUCUCGAUGGCGAGGUCGAGAACGAGGACGACGAAGAAGAAUACACAGAAGAGAUCUGCAGGAGGGCACCUGACAACUUGAUCGCCAAAUUCUUCAACUACGCAGAGAAUCUAGAACAAUUCUUCAAGAAUGCGGAAACAUGUACAUGCUACAUCGAUGAACUCGAUCGCUUCUUGACGAAAGCAGACCAACGAUGGGCAUCCAAAUUUUACA